CAUAUGGGACGUUUUUGGGGUGGGCUCUGUGGGGGCAGAUUUGAACUCGUUCGAGAAGGAAAGGAGAUUUGCCGCAGUAGGUUCUGCUCGCAGUUAACAUUCCCACUGGUGAACUCUAACCAGUGUUGAAGCAGCGGCGACGGGGAGCAGGAUUAUGUAGCCCACAGGAGAUGUGAACUUCAAUGGUUAGCAAUGAAAUGAUGGAGGUGAUUGUUCCACCUUCCGGAUUUUGUUUGAUCUUUGCUUUUGUUUGAAUGAGAAAGGGACUCUUCGCAUGCAUGUUCCUGCUUCGUAGUAGAGAUUUGAGAGUAGAGACUUCAAUAGUGGAGAGAAGGAAGACUAUCAAAGAAACCGGUGGUUUUUGAGCUCCGAAGUUGCAGAAUUGGUAACUCGGUCAACAAUGAGGUUGAUUGGAUAUUAGAGGGACUGGGCUGGUAACCACUGAGUAGUUCUGAUACAAUUUAAUUUUUGGAGUCAAGGAGCAAUGGCUUCUGGUAAAGAGAGUGAUGAUGUCCAAACUCCUUCAAUGCCAAAAAAUAUAUACAAGGAUCCUGAUGAUGGGCGACAACGGUUUUUGCUGGAGUUAGAGUUUGUUCAGUGUCUAGCUAAUCCAACCUACAUCCAUUAUUUGGCUCAGAACCGUUAUUUUGAAGAUGAAGCUUUCAUAGGCUAUUUGAAGUACCUUCAAUACUGGCAGCGGCCAGAAUAUGUAAAGUUUAUAAUGUAUCCACAUUGCCUGUUCUUUCUUGAACUUCUGCAGAAUUCAAACUUCCGCAAUGCAAUGGCCCAUCCAGGCAGCAAGGAGAUAGCACAUAGGCAACAAUUCUUUUUCUGGAAGAACUACAGGAACAACCGGUUGAAGCACAUUUUACCGCGGCCUCUUCCUGAACCUGUUGCUGCACCUCCAGCACCAAUUCCACCUCCAGCACCUCUGCCAGCUACAAAUGUUCCUGUUGCUGCUUCGCCUGCCCCUGUCCUUGUCCCAGUCCCUGCUCCUGCUGCACCUCCUGCUUCUGCCCUUUCUCCUAUGCCAUAUGGCUUGCCACCUGGUCCUACUCUCUCAAAAAACGACCCCCGAAACAGUGGGAUUGACCGAAGAAAGAGAAAGAAAGAAGGUUAAUUCCCUACUUAAGGUACUUGUAAUAUGUGAGAACGUGGUCUCUGAAGUUGAUUGGGAAUUUUACAGCAGUUCAUGUAAAGGUGAUGAAACGAAGUUUUGAAAGUGAACGCCCACUAUUCAUGGAAUUAAGAUGUUGAAGGCUGCUCAAUGCGCAACACUCAAGAUUUCAGAUUCUACGGCACUCUUUUGGUUUAGCUUCAAUUAAUUAUCAUGUAUCUAGACAAUUGCUUUGAAUGUGUUCUUGGCCUCAAAAGAUGCUUCUCUUGUUUAUUUAACCUUCAUAUUCAUACUUAGUGAUGGUUACCAUAUUUCUGCAAGGCCUUGCAAUUUGCAAGUGGUUAAGGUGAGAAAAAGGGUAUUCCAUUUUGUACCAGACAUACAUUAGGGAGUUGGAUCAUUUGCAGGGGAAACUGAAACGAUGGUUUCAUGGUUUGUAUAAGAAAAAAGAUGAUCUCCAAUACUUGUAUAUGGAAAAAAUUCCAAGUGGGUUCCA